AUGUUCGUGAUUGUUGUCGUCGUUUUUGUUGCGUCGCAGGCAGGUGCUCACGAACAGGCGUUGAGCACGUCGCCGCCCCCUCCCUUCAUGGACCUGUUCACAGCAGUCGGGAACCACUACUACCCGGAAAAUCGUAAAACGUACUCUGAUUCGCACUACGUCUCAUGCCCGCAACCUGAUUCCUUAGGAUCGAUCGCGAGCAUCCUCGGCAGCGCUGCUAAGAUCGUCUUCUCUGUAGCGGCUAUAGCAUUCCUGAAAAUCAUCGGUGGAAAAAUGAUGCUGUUCCCUCUGACAUUCAUAUUACUCGCAAAGAUGGGACUGAAAGCCGUGUUGCUCUGGCCAAUGAUAUCGAAGAUGGUUAAAUACUUCAAAAAGAAAAAGAAAAAGGAUCAUAAAGGUCGAUCGGCGGUGGAUUGCUCGGACAGGAUAGCGUGUGUGAUGCAUCGCGCGGCGCGGGAUGGGUGGGGCAGCCACCUGGGCGCCGCCACCGCCUUCACGCUCAUAGACGACGUCCACGAAGACAGCUCUUACGCUAAAAUAUUGUUGACCAUUUUAGCCGGCGACAAAGUUGCCAAGUGUAUGUCAGUGGAAUGCACUUCCGGAGUGGACGUUAGCUGA